GUUUAGUUUGAAUUUUUAAUUAUCUAUGAAGUAAUAUGCAAAAUUCAAAGGAAUCAAAGUAAGGAUUAUAAAAAAAUAUCAUGUUUUGUUUCUACUAAAAUUUUAAUUUUUAUUUCUUUCUUUCAGUUAAACGAACCAUAAUUUUUUUCCAGGAGAUACUAAAAAAAUGUCAUCAUCGUCAUCCGAUGAAGUUGAAGAAAGAUUGGACGAAAUUAUCGACGAUAUCAUAGAUGAAACCUACAUCAACAUUUUGGAAGCCCAACCCUCUAAGCCGAAGAAACGCGCUUAUAUAGAACGAGACCGCGAAAUCGGACACAACCGAUUAUGGAAUGAUUACUUCAGUGAAGAUGCGACAUUUCCGCCGUAUUUAUUCAGACGCCGUUUUCGUAUGAAUAAAGAAUUAUUCUUGCGUAUUGUCCAUCGCCUCUCAGAACACGUUCCAUUCUUUCAACAAAGAAGAGAUGCCACGGGGAGGUUUGGUCUUUCACCACUACAAAAAUGUACAGCCGCCAUUCGUCUCCUUGCUUAUGGUUCUGCAGCUGACGCGGUUGAUGAAUAUCUCAGAGUUGGUGAAAGCACGGCAAUUUCGUGUUUAAAGCAUUUUAAUGAAGGAAUAAUUCAGUUAUUUGGUAAUGAGUAUCUACGAAGACCGACAGACGAGGAUCUUCAGCGACUACUCCAUAUUGGAGAGAUACGCGGGUUUCCGGGGAUGGUAGGAAGCAUCGACUGUAUGCAUUGGAGGUGGAAAAAUUGCCCAACGGCUUGGAAAGGACAGUACACCCGGGGAUCAACAAAACCGUCAAUUGUGUUAGAGGCAGUAGCUUCACAAGAUCUUUGGAUAUGGCACGCUUUCUUCGGUCUACCAGGUACCUUAAACGAUAUUAAUGUCCUCGAUCGGUCUCCUGUUUUUGAUGACAUUAUUCAAGGUCGGGCUCCGAGGGUAGAGUACGUGGUCAACGGACACAUGUAUAAUUUGGCGUACUACCUCACGGACGGUAUUUAUCCAAACUGGUCAACAUUUAUCCAAUCUAUCUCACUACCUCAAGGUCCAAAAGCAGAGUUAUUUGCUAAACUUCAAGAAUCAACCCGGAAAGAUGUGGAGCGGGCUUUUGGAGUUUUACAAGCUCGAUUUGCGAUUGUAAAAAAUCCAGCUCUUUCAUGGGAUCAGCAACAGAUAGGGAUGACAAUGAGAGCAUGUAUCAUACUGCACAAUAUGAUAGUCGAAAAUGAACGAGAUGGAUACGGCACUCAGUACGAUCCAUCUGAAUUUGAAGAAGAAGAUGUAGCCAGCAGUUCACGGGUGCAUAAGUCUCGUGGUACCGACAUCCCUCCAAGCAUCAAUGAAAUGCGUGCCACUCGGAUUCAGAUUCGCGAGUCGGAAAUACAUCAUCAAUUGAAGAAUGAUUUAAUUGAGAAUAUUUGGAACAAAUUUGGAGAUGAAAAUUAAUAAUUAUUGUCAUUUUAUAUGUUUAAUCAUGUAAUAAAUAAAUAUUAAAAAAAUUAUCUUUUUUCCCAUGUUUUAAAAUUUAUUAAUUUUUUAUUCUUAAGGAUUCCAUUCAUAGUAACACUAUUGGACAUACAAAUUUCAUUAGAAUCCUUAACUUUAAAAAAAAAAAAAA